CAACUCCAGCAUCAACAAAGAUGGUCUGCGCAAAAUGUGCGAAACUCUCGAAAUCGACGACUUUGGCAACACCAGGUGUCAAGAAGAAGAGUGAGAUGUAUUAUGGCUCGCCUGCAGGAUCCUCAAAGACCGAUAAGACCAAGACCUCCGCAACUUUGGGUAACAACGGCAUUGGGAAGAGUAAGUUGUUAUCAAAAGCAGCAAGAAAUCCCUAUGCAUCAUAUUCGAGCUCCUGCACCACUUGCAAGACAAAGGUGGAUCAAGGGCGAACAUAUUGUCAAAAAUGCGCCUACAAGGCAAAUGCAUGCGCCAUGUGCGGCAAAGCAAAUUCGAAAUCAACAGCAGCGGCUCCUGUCAUUGCUGGCCAGAAGUUUACCCUUAAAUGAAAUGAACGAAUACCACGACCAAUAUGCAGCGAUGAAAUUAUAGAGGCAUGGGCGUCAAGGAGUUCGAGGAUUAGAACUGGCCCAAAUGGUACAAAUUUCGCGGAGCAAACCCUGUGAGCAAGUGAAGCUCGGGAUUUAUGUUGAAUCGUGUACAAAGGGCGCUCGUUUAGAUACGUCGAUUUCCCCAUUUGAGCGGCAAGGACUUUGAUUUCAGAACAUGAAUUUCCUUUACGACAUAGGGUCUGCCUCGUUUUGCCUGAAAUGCCUCGGGGGUUUCUUACUGGCAGUACAUCGUUCCAAGUGCUCCAUCACAUAUUUCCCAAAAGAUACAACCAGUUUUGAUU